CAUGGACCGCAGCAAGUUCAAGAUAGAGGAGGACGUGCUAGCAGGCGUCAACGUGAAGCCUCUGGUGGCCAUACACGAGCGCUGGAUAUACGAGGCCAACCGCAAGACCGGCCGGUCCAUGUCGCUGCCUGAGGACCACAAAUGUGCUGCAAUCCCAGCGGUGAAGCCAGCUUCCCACUGCGUGGACACGCUACAAAAGUCGCUGCCCCAGUUGAAUGCCAGGAGGCCUUCCAAGCCGUUUAGGGCUCCAACUUCGCCGGGCGUCGGGAAGACUGGUGCGCAAUGGGAACAAUUUUGCCACGCCCGCGACACAAUAGCAAAAAGUGUGAACUUCGGCUCUCGGGAUUCUGAACGAUUCCAUACUUGGAAAAAAGAUACUGACAAAGGUACUGUAACCGAAGAUGUGACGCCAAAACCAGAGCCGAAGGUGGAUCAAGCGACGGACACGCGGAGUAUCGAAGAGUUCAUUCGCGAGCUGAUUCGCAAGGAGUUCCAGCACCUUAUACAUGAGUAUUCCGACGACACGGCCACCACCGCUUCCACGGACAAAAACGAGGAUUUUCUUAACAAAGGCGUCGCGAACAUCAUGGAGAAUUUAAAGCACGACGACUGCGACCAGACCUUAAAGAAAGAGCCAAUAAAGUCGUUUUCGAGGGUCAAAAUUAACGGCAACAACAAACCGUUGUUGCAAAUAACUUUUAGCAGGUCCGGGGAGAACAGCCUGCAGGUUUUGGAUAACUGCGUGAAUGUUACCAUUUGUGACGGGGUGGGCGCGCGAGAGAAACAGAACCAGUCGAUGGCGGAAACGCUGACUGAGGACAUGCAUGUCAACUCGCUCAAGAGGUGCCAGGCUUUCAGUGCCAUUCAGGAAGCUAGAAGCACCGAGGAUCUAUACAUAGACGACGACCUAUCAACACAAAUGCAAGAGAACUUCGGCGGCAAGGUGAAGCUGAUCCCUCUGCACGGCUCGCUGCACGAGAUCCUCUGCGAGAAAGAGGACGAGUGCUGCCUCAUCAAGGUCAAGCAGGAGAACGGCUGCGACACCGUCUACUUCCGCUGCGACGCCUCCGACGACGUCGUCGACGCACCACACCCGAGAGACACCGUCGUCUUCAAACGCAGCAUAUCCCUAGUAGAAGAACGAAUCCAGCGCAUAUUCCCCAAAGAAAAACGGGCGCAGACCCCCAUCCUUAUCCGACGCGCGAAAUCUAAUACGGACGCGAUGAAAACGCGCCCCAAAUCGGAAGUUUUCGCGCCGAAUAUCACCAGAGAGUCGCGAGCGCUCAGUAACAGUAGCCCGUCGUUGAUAAUGAACGAUAAAAGUGAUGAAGUCGAGGUCAAUAUAGAGAACGUGAUGAGUUACCAAGACUCGUCUUCGGAAGAAUGUCUGAAGUGUCAGGCGGAGGCAGACGACUUCGAGAUGCUCGAAAGGAAGAUAGAGGAGGAUCUCGCGAAUAGCACUCUCUCGUCACUCACUUGCGGCUGUUUGGAAAAGAUCUCGGAGGAAAACCUGUCGGUGAUCAAUGAGGAGGGCACCGACAAGGAUUGAUUGUCGAUUGACGUUCGUGUCAAACGAUGGUAUUU